GGGAAAUGCUUUUAAGUACCAAUGUUGAGUUCUAGAAACUACAACUACCACAGGGCCGUGAGCUCCUAGGCAGUUUCUCGUUCCGUCGAAGUGACCGUCUGGGCUGCUUCUGAGAGGUCAGCCUGACUGGCAUCAAGGUCAGCCCUGCCCCAGCCGUUCGAUUCGACUGGUGACAAGAUGGGGGUCAACCAGUCCGUGGGCUUUCCACCUGUCACAGGACCCCACCUGGUGGGCUGCGGGGAUGUGAUGGAGGGCCGGAGUCCCCAGGGGAGCUUCUUCCGACUCUUCUACCCCUGCCAGGAGUCAGAGGAGACCAUGGAGCAGCCCCUGUGGAUUCCCCGCUACGAGUACUGCGCUGGCCUGGCCGAUUACCUGCAGUUUAAUAAGCGCUGGGGGGGUUUGCUCUUCAACCUGGCUGUGGGAUCUUGUCGCCUGCCUGUUAGCUGGAAUGGCCCCUUUAAGACAAAGGCCUCUGGAUACCCUUUGAUCAUCUUCUCCCAUGGCCUGGGAGCCUUCAGGACACUAUAUUCGGCCUUCUGCAUGGAGCUGGCCUCCCACGGCUUUGUGGUGGCUGUGCCAGAGCACAGGGAUGGGUCAGCUGCCACCACCUGUAUCUGCAAGCAGGUCCCAGAAGAGAAGCAGCCCUCGAAUGAGUUGCUGGAGGAGGAAUGGAUUCCCUACCGUCCAAUUAAGGAAGGGGAGAAGGAAUUUUGUGUUCGGAAUUGCCAGGUGUAUCAGCGGGUAAAUGAGUGUACUCGAGUGUUGAAGAUCCUGCAGAACGUCACUGCUGGGCAGACUGUCCUCAACAUCUUGCCUGGUGGGUUGGAUCUGAUGACCUUGAAGGGCAGCAUCGACAUGAGCUGUGUGGCUGUGAUGGGACAUUCAUUUGGAGGGGCCACAGCUAUUCUGGCUUUGGCCAAGGAGACCCAAUUUCGGUGUGCUGUGGCGCUGGAUGCUUGGAUGUUCCCUCUGGAACGUGACUUUUACCCGAAGGCCCGAGGCCCUGUAUUCUUCAUCAAUGCCGAGAAAUUCCAGACAGUGGAGAGUGUCAACUUGAUGAAGAAGAUGUGUGCCCAGCAUGAACAGUCCAGGAUCAUCACUGUCCUUGGUUCUGUUCAUCGGAGUCAAACUGACUUUGCUUUUGUGUCUGGGAACUGGAUUGGUAAAUUCUUCUCCAGUCAAAACCGUGGGACCUUGGACCCCUAUGAAGGUCAAGAGAUUGUGGUGCGGGCCAUGUUGGCCUUUCUGCAGAAGCACCUUGGCCUGAAAGAGAACUAUGACCAAUGGAACAACCUCAUCGAAGGCAUUGGACCAUCGCUCACCCCCGGGGCCCCGCACCAUCUGUCUAGCCUCUAGACACAACUGGGCUGAAUUCUCAUUUGGGGUCUGCCCAUAACCUCCUAUCAGGAAGUGGUCAACAGCCCUUCUUCACAGAUCCAAAGGAUGUAAUCACACUGCUGAUUGGAUGACGGGGUACUUUGAUCUUAGACUAGUUGAUCUUAAAUUCGUGGUGGGACUUGGAUCACUUACUGAUUGGCACACUGACUUUCUGGGGCCUGAGCCCUGAUGGCCUGGAGUUGGAGCAGUUGGGGUGGGGCUGGGGAGCACUGUGAGCACUAUUAACCCAGCAAGCCUUCGCCCUCACCUUGGGCCAGGGUGGCUUCUGCAGUGAAAGAAAUGAAGCCACAGGAUGGAGUGAAAAUUCCUACCUUCAGGACCUUUAGCCAACCUGGCCCUCUCUCUUCAUACCUCUCUCAGCCUUCUCCCUCUCCAGGGCCACUUGGUGAGUUCUCAGCACUUUGGUAACUUUCUAGGAUAUAGACCACCGUCAGGUUUUCUGUAUUUUCGAGCUUCUCUUGCAUGAAACAUAGUCCUGGGCACUUAGGACUCAGUUAUCCUUGUGAGCCCAUGGAGGAGGGCAGACAGCAUUGCCCGCACAGCACAGGGCGAGAUGCGGAGCCUCAGAGGCUCUGGAUGUCUUGGGGGUUUGCUAAAAAUGUAUCUUGACACAAGUAGGUUGAGUUGGAGAAUAACAGUGUUAAGUAGCCAUUUGAACAGUCCUUGCCAUGGAGGGUUGUAGUUUGGUAGCUAGAGUUCAGGUGGCCAACCCUAGAAAGGUUACGAACACUUUGGUCUUGCCUCUUACCUCAGGUAUCGUGGGCCUCCACCUUGCUCAGACCGGGGUGCUAUAAGUUGUCUGUUUUCUGGCUCUGAGGCCCUAGCCCCAGAUUUAAGUCAGGAUAUAGGUUGAAUUUUUAUUCCGUUCCAUUUAUAUAAUAUGAAUGAUCUUAAUACUCAUGUUUGCCUAAUGAUAUGUUGGGAUAUUCUUUACUUAAUCUGCAUUAGAGCAAGAUGGGGAGCCAUCUGGAAGUAACUUUUCCUUCUGUCUUUCUUUGUUCGCUUACCACUUGUGACCACGCGGAAAAAAAACACACAAACUUUAAAAGGAAAGGAAGUCUUCCUGGGGAAUCUAGUUCAAAGCUGUCUGGGAAGAUCAACCUGAAAGACCCCUCUCCACUACCCUAGACCUCUUACCUCAGUUCAAGUAGGGGACCCCAGAGGAGCAAGAACUAAAGGGACAUGCAUCUCUGCACAGCAGGUCCAAGGCCAGUGCCUCCACCAUACGCUGGGACGAGGUCUCCCACCUCUUACCAGUUGCUCUAAGCAGUGAAACAUCAGAUCCAUGGAGGCUCUGAACCGUGGGAGGGUCUGUGAAUUCCAGCGAGACGUAGCGUAAAGAGAAUGUCACUAAAGCCUGGGCUCUAGAGUUCUGUAGGCUGGUUUGGAGUCCUGGUUUCACCAUGACUAACUGGGGAAAUUUGAGCAAAUGAUGUUCUCCUUCCACUCUCGGUUCCUGCAUUUCUAAGAUGCAUUAUGAUAGGAGGGUUAACUGAGAGGAUGUAUAUGCGUAUGGAUUAUUUAAAAGUAUGUUCCCUAUUUUCCAAAUAUACAAGAUUUUUCCAGUUA